CUAAAAGCUUCGUGCAAAGCACGCUUAAAGGUCCAGCACCUAUUCGGCGUCACCCCCCAUCGUCCCCGUUAACCUCACAGAGCUCUUAAUAAGGCUAAUAAUAUAUGAUAAUAUGGGUUUAAAUUACUGACCUUAUUACCGUAGGUUGUACCUGUAACUGUUUAUUCCUCGGAUUGGCCCCAGAGAUUCGUAAUUCAAGCGCACUCAGGGUCUACUUGUACUGGUAGGUAGUAUGUUCAUACUCUCAAGACACAACAACAGUCUUUUCUAUCCUCCCAGAGCACCGACAUCUGUUCCGCCCCACCAUCUUCUCCCUCUCUCCCUCUUCCUCCCUCUCCUACGUUUAUUUCCACCAUACGAACUCCCUAAUCUAUUCUCUCACGUUCUUCGCUCUCCUCAAGUUCGCCAUCUUUUCCCACCAAAGGAGAAGAGACAAUCACACCAGACAAGGUUCCGCUAAAAGUGUGGACCCAAUCAUGUCGGAAGAACGUUCUCGUCGACCCCCUCCAAACGCAGGACGAGUCCGCAAGCGAAGUCGGGAACAAAUGCAGGCAGGCCCUUCGUCGGGCUCCUCCGCCUCCACCGUCGCCACAUCCCCAACUGCAACUACAACAAUCGCUGGUUCAGGUUUGAUUCUGCCGGGAAAUGCACUGGGCUACCCAUCUCAGCAACGCCCGUCUCCAGCAAACCGCAAUGGAGUUCCCCAACCUUCUUCCUCACAAACAGUAAUCGAUCUAACAGACUCUCCCCCACCACUUCCGAGACCUGAGCGGUCUGGCCAUCAUCCUCCCCUUAACCUUGGGCGAGCUGAGGUAAUUGAUGUUGAUGCUCUUCCGGACUCUCCGCCCCCGGCCCCUCCUCCUAUACCACAAUUUGGUCAAGCCGAAUGGAUGGGACAGCAGUACGACGAAGAGAUGGCUCUAUAUUUCGCUAGAGAUGCUGCACAGAAUUUGUUAGGCGUCGGUGGUGGGAAUGGAAUAUUCUUGAGUCCCCAUCGCCGAAUUUCACCCCCGAGACCAGUUGAGCCCAAUGCGCUUUACAGUCAAGUCGGACCGGACGCCUCCUUCCAAGGCCGAUUCUAUCCACAGGCCGACGACCCGAUGCUGGGGCAUGGGGGAAUGGUAGGACCGGGGCCUUCUAACAGGAUCACCGUGGGCGGAUACAACCCAAUGGGAUCAACCUAUCCCCCACCCCGUGGUGUCAUGGAAUUGCUCCACAGCGUUAGGGGCGCUGUCCCACGAGCAAUCAACAACCUAAAUUUACCUGUGAGAAACCGCCCCGUUGUAAUAGACCGUGGCUUCCAGCCACCCGGACGAUUAGACUUCAACCAACGUGUCCCUGGAAUAAUCCGUGAGGACUCACCAGUGAUUGAAGACGCCGCCAGGGCCCGAAAUAUAGACUAUAAAGCGCCCCCGCCAGCCAGAGAGGGGUUUACUAGGAGCCCAAAAGAUACUGACAUACUUGUCUGCCCGGAAUGCCAAACAGAGCUGGGUGCCGAAUCGACAGAUGGGGCGCAAGAGCAAGUAUGGGCGUCAAAAUGUGGUCAUUGCUAUUGCGGCAAAUGCGUCCAGUCAUUCCGCGUCCCAGCGCUCACUAAGAACGGGAAGAAGGGAGCAAGGCCUAAACAGAAGCCUUGUGUGGUAUGUUCGAAAGUAAACCUUGCGGCGAAGUCGAACAUGUUCAAAAUCCAUCGCCUAUCACAUCCUCACUUCCUUUGUUUUCUCCCUCACACACACUCUCCCGCUUCAUCUAUCUAAAACUGUCUAUUGUGAUGACGAUAGUGAUGUUGAGGGGGGGUGAUUUUUAUUUUUACAAUUUGUUGGUUUUCGGUUUGGGUGGUGACUAUUCUUACAUAUCUUUCACUUUACAUCUUUGCUGCUAAACUGACCCACCUUUUACCCACCCAACACAAUAUUUCAUGAGGUCCAUGAUACUAUUGCUUGCUUUGACAGCUGUGUCUGUGGCAGCUGUGCCUGUCGUUGGUUCAGUUCCGCUCCGCUCAGUUCAUCUGCAUUACCCUCGCCCGCGGAAAUUACCUUUCUUUACUUUAUUCCAAUUUUUUUCUUUUCCCCUCUUCUCUGAAACCGUAUAGCGUUAAUCAUUUGUUAUCAUUUCUUCCCUCCCUACCCCCUCCCCUUGGCUUU